AUGGUAAUCACGACGGCGACAAAUCAUCCCCGUAGACUCAGAAGGAAGAGAGUCGGCGUCGCGUGUAAUACCUGUCGAUCGCUGAAGAUACGCUGUGAUGGAGUCCGACCCCAUUGCGGUACCUGCCAACGCCGCCGGGAUCGCUGUGUGUUUAAAGAUGACGAUCUGCGUCCACUCAGAGAUCGUGGGAGUCCUGGCAUGCGAGAGGAUAUUCUAGUGAUCUCUCCAUCUCAACCGAAUUAUGGUUUACUCCGUCAUGAGUCUGCCUCUUCCGCUUCCUCUGUCAUGACCCGAGAUACGACACAUGAACGGGAUAAUUCUGGCGUGACAGCCAUGGGCUUAACUGUCGGUUCACUGGACAGGGACCAGAACUCAUGCAGAGAAUUCUUUGGCGACUCGUCGACAGUGGCUUUUAUCCAGCAGUUGCAGAAUUCCCUGCCACCAACUAUCAAUGCGCCAGGUUCCGGUCGUGAGGUGGCUUAUCACUCGAUCGAGCUGCACGGUCAUGAUAGGCACCCCAAGCUCUCAACUGAACCUAAAUCAUCAAUGGAUCUGCUUCCCCCACGCCCAUUGGCUGACCAUCUAGUCGACUGCUAUUUCUCCAAGAUACAUACACUCUACCCUUUUGUGCAUAAGGAUGCGUUCUUUAGUGCAUACAGGUCGUUGUGGGCGCCUAAGGAGUCUAGUCGAAGCACAAAUACAGCUCAUGGUCUCGGUAUAGGAGACAUAGCUAUGAAUCGCACCACUUUCCACUGUGCACUAAACGCCAUAUUUGCUUUAGGAUGUCAGUUCUCCAACGCUGUGCAAACACAGCGGGAAGCUACAUCAGAAGCCUUUUAUCGUCGUUGCAAGCCCGUGCUAGAUGUGGAAUAUCUUGAAGGGGGAGAUUUAGCUUUGUGCCAAACUCUCUUGCUCAUCACACAUUACUUACAGUGCUCACGAACGCCCAAUCGUUGUUGGCACGUUAUAGGCAUGGCAUGCCGGCUAGCUCAAGCACUAGGGCUGCACUCAGAUCUCGGCAAUGAACGUCGAUCGUUUGCGGAAAUCCAGCUCAGGCGGAGGGUAUGGCAUGGUUGUGUAAUGCUUGACCUAGCCAUUAGCACAAUACUUGGACGCCCGGCAAUGAUUGCCCAAAAGCCAGUGACGCCUCUCCCUGAGGCCAUCGACGAUUGUUAUCUAUCGCCUGAUGCGCCAACUUGUGAACAACCGCCCCGUCUGCUAUCACGUGUUGUGUGGUUCAUUGAGACAUUGAAAUUGUACGAUACCCUGCGCAAAAUUCUGAAAUCAUUGUAUGAUAAUGCGGGGCCGAUGGAAGCAAGGAUUGUGGGCAACCAUCUGCCAGCCGGAAACACUUGGCAGAUUCAGAGCAUUAUAGAGAUCGAUGCAGACCUCGAGCAAUUUAAGGCAAACCUACCAGAAGCACUCAUGUGGGAUCAUGAAGUCUUACGUGACGGUCCAGACAAUUUCCAAAGGGAGAAGUGUUUGCUUCGAGCAAGAUAUUCGUACUUGAAAAUUCUCCUAUACCGGCCCAUUCUCUCUCAGACUCUUCGCCACAAUGGCGAGAUGUUAUGUAGUGAAAGCAAUGACUCCAGGCGUCACGCUUCGCUACAGUCCAGAGUCAACCUUGACUGUUCCAUAUCCUGUAUCCAUGCGGCCAUUGAUCUUGUCUCUUUAGUACAUCAGACUUGCAACACCGACCUAUCCAGCGUCUGGUGCUACAACGUCUUUUAUGCAUUUACUGCAGGAUCUGUCAUUCUCCUUGCGGGGCUCUCUCAGUCGCUCGUGAAUACUGUAACCUGGGAGAUUUUAGAACUAUCUUGGCGGAAGUGCCAGUCUUCGUUGGACAAGUUGAGCUUAUAUAGCAGCACGGCGGAACGCUGUGCCGAGAGCUUACGCAUGAUCAAAGAGAGAUGCUCUAUCAUCUUUCCGCACUCUCCGAUGUCGAGUACCAAUAUAAUAUCGCAGGCACAGCCAUCUCCCAAUCGGUCUCCCACCUUCGAACAGCUAAAUCAUAGCGGAUACGGUGAUCUACCAUCAGAGGGGACGGACUAUCUACCAUUUACAGACGACCUUUUUCGCGAUCUCGAUUUUGAUGAGGAUACAUUCUUCGACCCGUUCUGGUUCAGUUUACAAUUCUAA